CCCAGGUACCUUAUCGCCUCAUCCAGUAUUUCUCUCGACAAACCGCCUCUACCAUCAUCACCACUCACGCAAUGGCCAACAAACCCAUAUCACAAGCGGACGUAGAAAAAUACUGGGAAAUUUUUAGCGCCCACUCAAAGGAUGGUCAGCGAAUCACGGGGGACCAAGCAUUCACAAUGCUCAAGAACUCCGGACUGAACGACGCUCAGUUAGCAAAGAUUUGGGAUCUAGCCGACGUUGAUAGGGAUGGAGACCUAGACUUCGAGGAGUUUUGCGUUGCUAUGAGGUUAAUUUUUGAUCUUGUUAAUGGGGAAUACAAACAAGUUCCGAAGACGCUUCCUAGUUUUCUGAUCCCGGAAUCGAAAGCACAUCUUGUCACAGCUUCUCAGGCGCUGUCUGAUGAUCCCCCGCGGUUUGAGCGGAUCGAUGAUGAUGAGGACGAUACGCCGGGGCUCAAGGAUGGGUUCGAUUGGUAUAUGUCUCCUGUGGAUAAGGCAAGGUAUGAGGGGAUGUAUUCCGCUAAUGCUGGGGAGCAUGGGCAAUUGAGAUUUAAUGCUCUUGACGAGUUGUAUGAGGGGAUCAACGUUCCAGACACGGAUAUCCGGUCUGCCUGGAACUUAGUCAACCCUUCCGCCUCGGCAGCGAUUGGAAAGGAUCAGGCACUAGUGUUUCUUCAUAUACUGAACAAUCGUCAUGAGGGUUACCGUAUCCCCCGCUCCGUUCCUGCAUCUCUCCGUGCAACCUUCCAAAAGAACCAAAUCAGCUAUGACCUUGACAAGAACGAGGAUCUCGUCUACAAGAAUAAGCUUGGAAAGGGGAGGGACAUGAGUACAAUUACGGGAAAGAAGGAAGCCUUUGGAGAAAGCUAUCUUACUCGGUUGGGAGUCGGUGGAAGAGGAAACUACAAGCAUUCCGGUACUGAUUUCAGCGCAUCUAAGGAUCAGGGCUGGGAAGAAGUCCGCCUCAAGCGGGAACUCGCAGAACUCGAAACCAAGAUCGCCGAAACUGAAGCCACGGCCGAGAAGCGACGGAACAGAGACAAAUUCGGCAGCAGUGGGUCAAAAGCUGCGUUAGUCAAGCGUGAGCUUGAGCAAAUGUUAGACUACAAGCGGAGGACACUCCGUGAAUUGGAAGACGGCGGGGGGCUUGCAAAGAGCGGGGCGAACCUAAAAGGCGUAAAAGAGGACUUGGAGACGGUUCGAGAGCAGGUCAAUGCUUUAGAGCAGCAUUUGAAAUCUAGGGAAGACACCUUGGCUGGGCUGUUAAGGGAGAUUGAGGAAGAGAAGGCGAGGGGGUAGUGGGAUUUGGUAUAUAUCUGUUUUUUUUCUUGUUUCCGUCUACAGUACGCCCAUGUUUGGCUUUCCCUGGGUUUGGUCUCUCCUGUGGCUAUUGGUUGUAUCCAACGCACCAUAUCCGUGUGUGGCAUUAUCCUAAUCGGAGAGUGAAUACAGUAUUAGAAUGUGAAGUACCGGUAGUGUGUUACGCUCCUGGACUUCGAGAUUGCCUAAACGUGAGUGUUUAUUGGUGGGUCACAUAGGUUAAUGCUUGAAGUAAUUUACCUUGUGC